GAACUUCUCUGGCUGCUCUUGAAGGACAGUGACUAAUUACCACAACAGCAGAGCCUGCCACCCCAGCGAGAUCGCCAGUACCUAUGACAUCAUCCUCUCCUUUGUCGCAUUCUGUGGUCUCCUAAAUGCUCAUCUUGUUGGCCUGGGUUCCAUUGGUGGUAUGGAGGGGUGCUGCCUAGCACUGACCUGAGAGCGUGUGUGAGACCCACUGACCCAAUGGACAUCAAAGGCCAGUUCUGGAAUGACGAUGAUUCAGAAGGGGACAACGAAUCAGAAGAAUUUCUGUAUGGAGUUCAGGGGAGCUGUGCAGCUGACCUAUAUAGACACCCACAGCUGGAUGCAGACAUUGAAGCAGUGAAGGAGAUCUACAGUGAGAACUCCGUGUCCAUCAGAGAAUAUGGAACUAUCGAUGACGUGGACAUUGACCUGCACGUCAACAUCAGCUUCCUCGAUGAGGAAGUGUCUACAGCCUGGAAGGUCCUUCGAACAGAACCUAUUGUGUUGAGGCUUCGGUUUUCUCUCUCUCAGUACCUUGAUGGACCAGAGCCGUCAAUUGAGGUUUUCCAGCCAUCGAAUAAGGAAGGGUUUGGGCUAGGUCUUCAGUUGAAAAAGAUCCUGGGUAUGUUUACAUCCCAACAAUGGAAGCAUCUGAGCAAUGAUUUCUUGAAGACCCAGCAGGAGAAGAGGCACAGUUGGUUCAAGGCAAGUGGUACCAUCAAGAAGUUCCGAGCUGGCCUCAGCAUCUUCUCGCCCAUCCCUAAGUCUCCCAGUUUUCCUGUCAUACAGGAUUCCAUGCUGAAAGGAAAACUGGGUGUACCAGAGCUUCGAGUUGGACGCCUUAUGAACCGUUCCAUUUCUUGCACCAUGAAGAACCCAAAAGUAGAGGUGUUUGGCUAUCCCCCCAGCCCUCAGGCAGGUCUCCUGUGCCCCCAGCAUGUGGGCCUCCCUCCCCCAACACGGACUUCUCCUUUGGUCAGUGGUCACUGCAAGAACAUCCCCACUCUAGAGUAUGGAUUCCUUGUCCAGAUCAUGAAGUAUGCAGAGCAGAGGAUCCCAACGCUGAAUGAGUACUGUGUGGUGUGUGAUGAGCAGCAUGUCUUCCAGAAUGGGUCCAUGCUCAAGCCAGCUGUCUGUACCCGUGAACUGUGCGUCUUCUCCUUCUACACGCUGGGAGUCAUGUCUGGAGCUGCAGAGGAAGUGGCUACUGGAGCAGAGGUGGUAGAUCUGCUGGUGGCCAUGUGCCGAGCCGCUUUGGAGUCCCCUAGAAAGAGCAUCAUCUUCGAGCCUUAUCCCUCUGUGGUGGACCCCACUGAUCCCAAGACUCUGGCCUUUAACCCUAAGAAAAAAAAUUAUGAGCGGCUUCAGAAAGCUCUGGAUAGUGUGAUGUCCAUUCGGGAGAUGACCCAGGGCUCAUAUUUGGAAAUCAAGAAACAGAUGGACAAGCUGGAUCCAUUGGCCCAUCCUCUUCUGCAGUGGAUAAUUUCUAGCAACAGGUCACACAUUGUCAAACUACCUCUCAGCAGGCAGCUGAAGUUCAUGCACACCUCACACCAAUUCCUCCUGCUGAGCAGCCCUCCUGCCAAGGAGGCUAGGUUCCGGACCGCCAAGAAGCUCUACGGAAGCACCUUUGCCUUCCAUGGGUCCCACAUUGAGAACUGGCAUUCAAUCCUGCGCAAUGGGCUGGUCAAUGCAUCCUACACCAAACUGCAGCUGCAUGGAGCAGCCUAUGGCAAAGGCAUCUACCUGAGCCCCAUCUCCAGUAUUUCCUUUGGAUAUUCAGGAAUGGGCAAAGGACAGCACAGGAUGCCUUCCAAGGAUGAGCUGGUCCAGAGAUAUAAUAGAAUGAACACCAUCCCCCAGACCCGAUCCAUUCAGUCAAGGUUCCUGCAGAGUCGGAAUCUGAACUGUAUAGCACUUUGUGAAGUGAUCACAUCUAAGGACCUCCAGAAGCACGGGAACAUUUGGGUGUGCCCUGUGUCCGACCAUGUCUGCACAAGGUUCUUCUUUGUAUAUGAGGAUGGGCAGGUGGGUGAUGCCAACAUUAAUACUCAGGACCCCAAGAUACAGAAGGAAAUCAUGCGUGUGAUCGGAACUCAGGUUUACACAAACUGAGGGGGCCCCAGCCCUCGUACCACCCUGUUCCCCCAGGAUCCAUCUGCCCUUGUAAAAGGACUCAGGAGCAGCAAGUGAGGCAGCCCUGAGAAACUCAAGGGGGAAGACAAGGAUAGAAGAGGCGGCCUUCAUGGUGGAGAUUGGCCUAGGAACUACUCCACAUUUGGAUGGCCCUGAUUGACUCCCACCCCUGAUUUACCCAGUUGACUUCACCCUGUUUGUAAAUAAA